CGGAGCUGUCAAUCACAACCCCAGUUGCUGGCCAGAAGGUUGGCAAAGCGCGAAUUUAAAGGGACUCCCGCGUUGCUGCAGGAUUUGUUCGUUACGAACGGCAUGGUGUUAUCUCCAACUCCUAUUGCAGUUGUCCAUGGAAGCAAAUUAAGGAGUUGAGAUGGACCAGAACUUCUGAAGAAAAACACGUAUAAAUAUAUCAGGAAUCUAGAUUUUGCAGAUGGCUAAUUGAGGCAACUCAUCACUGACGUUGGGUGAAGAAGAAAGCUGCCCACAAAUGUCUAGUGACCUUGGGGUUGUGAAAUUGCCUGUAGUCAAAGAUCAGUUUGACACCAUGCGCCCAGCAACAGUGAUGUCUUCAUGCAAGGUUCAUAUGAUGUGGCGCACAGAAAAUAUAUUGGACAAAGUAAGAAACAUCCUACAGCAGAAAGGGUAUACAGAUAUUGAAUGCAUUGGUCAAGGUGGAUUCAGUAUUGUAUAUAAGGUGUUCCGCAGUCUUGAGGAGGGAACCUAUGCUGUGAAGUGCAUCCACCUUCCCCACAGUAAGAAGUGUGCUGAAAGUACCUUUCUAAAUGAGGUGAAGAUUCUUUCCAAGCUAAACCACAGGAACAUUGUGCACUACCAUGAUGCUUGGAUCGAAGAGAUGGAACAGCCGGUGACUGCUGAAUGGAUUGAUGAAGCUCAGUCAGGUCCUUGUGACAGCUCAUAUGACUCCAUCCUGGCUACAGCUCCCCCACCCUGUAGCAACUCUGUAGAGUGGACAGUCAGCAGCGCAACUGAUUACACAGGCGAUGUAGAUGAUCAAGCUUCUGUGUCUCCAGUUACAAAGCGCAAAUGUCCAGUGGGUGUUGCGAAGAGUUCGGAGAUGGGAAGCACUGUGUCUGAACACUUCAGUGAAGUUCACGCAUCUGCGAAUGCUGUAAAGCACCCUGACGACAAACAUUUGAAGAAGCUUAGGUUUCUUUUUAUUAAGAUGGAUUUUUGCAAGACGACUCUUGAGAAGUGGAUAGAAAACCAUGGUCACGCAGGCAACAAUUUCAAAAGCUGUUUGAAGAUCAUCAAGGAGAUGCUUCAAGGCUUGAGAUACAUCCAUAGUCAGGGAGUUAUACAUCGAGAUUUGAAGCCUGGAAACAUAUUUAUUGACCAAGAUGGAAGUGUGAAAAUCGGAGAUUUUGGUUUGUCUAGAUUCUGUACAUCUCAGGGAUGUGCAGAGCACAAAGCUUUCACCUAUACAAACAAAACAGAUCAACAAAUGGAUCUCAAUACAGACAGUGGGAACCUCACAGCAAACAUUGGGACUUACGGAUACCUGGCUCCAGAAGUUAAAACAACCCGUCACAAGGCCACAUACGACUCUAAGGCUGAUAUGUACAGCUUUGGAAUGGUAAUACUGGACAUGCUGUUUCAGUGUACAGCACAGGAACGUCAGAAGUGGAGAGAUUGGAUCAGACAAUGUCAUUCACAGAACUACUCACAUGAACUUAAUGUUGACAAAGCGAAGACCUUACUUCUGCAUCCAGAAUUCUUGAGCUUGUUACAGAUAUGCUUCGAAUUGCUGCAGGAUGAUCCCCAGAAGAGGCCUGGUGCCGAGGAGAUCCUUCACAGCAAGGAUAUGGGCCUGCUGCCUGAGGAGAGAAGGAGACUGGAAGAAAUAUUGAAUCAAACCCUUUCAUCACCCGAUAAAGACACGCACAGAGAAACCGUCAAGUUGAUUUUUGAACGGAUUGUUGGAAAAGUUUCCAAGGAUCAAGCAUCUGCCUACUAUCAUGCACUUAGUGAGAUCAUGGACCUGACCUUUACCAUUUCAUCGUCCAGGUCAUGGCAAAAUGUUGAAAGAAAACUUAGACAGAUAUUUCAGAGGCAUGGUGCUGUACUUCUGGAUAUUCCCGAAAUUAUCCCGUUCAGCGUGGGAACCUCCUGCCGCUGUGAUAUCACAACAAUGCUAAGUAGUGAUGGGUACAUUUAUGAAAUGACCCUGGAUCAUAAGGUGCCUUUUGUGCGUUUUGUCCACAAAACCAGGAUAAAUGAAAUGAAAAGAUACUGCAUGAAGAAAAGAUUCCUUCCAAAUGGGCUCCCUUAUCAAAUACAUUGUGCAUUUGACAUCGUCAGUCUUGAACAGGAUUCCAUCUUCUCAGUUGCAGAAUUGAUUGAAGUUGUGUCAGAGAUUGUGAAGAUAUAUCCUUCAGCUGGGAAACAAUACAAGAACCUGAUUAUUGGUCACACACUAUUAGAAGAAACUCUCUUCAUGAAUGGAUGUCCAGAAUGUGGCUCACAGGAUCACUGUGUAAAGUCUUGCUCUGUUGGGUUAUCGUUCGAUGCCGUAUCCCAGCAACUGGAAAGAUUCUUGCAGCUGAACCCACACUUAGACGAGAGUAUCAAGCAGUGCUGGGAAUCAUUGACAACUUUACGGAAACUCUUUUCGGGUUCUGCUUUCACUGUACAGGUUGGAAGCUUGCGUGGUACAGCAGAAGUAAACUUGAAUCAUUACGAAGGAAUGCUGUUUGCUUUAUACAAUACAUCCGGAACUGACUUUCUGGUAUUCGGAGGGCAGUAUACGAAAUUAAUGCGAAGUUUUGAUGUCUCCUUUGGCAAGUUGCCUGAUUUGUCUGCUGCUGGCCUAAACAUUGACCUUCAGAAACUCGUAGAAGUAGAGAGAAAGACAAAGAAACCUGGAAAGAUGAUGGAUAAAAUCUGUAUUCACUACACUCCUGACACCAGUGUGGAAGUCUGUUUUAAGUUGGCACGCAAGUUUUGGGCAGCAGGGAUAUGCAUCAGAUUGAUGACCAAACUUCCCGAGAAAAAACUUGCAGCUGAGAGUCUCGAAGAGGGAAGGAUAUUUGUUCUCCAGCCAAAGGGUGAAACAGAUUUAAAGGUUUUGCUGUAUGACAGAGGAAACAUCUCACCCAUAAAUAGCAUUGAGAAGUUUUUAGAAUGUGUGCAGAAGACCACAAAGCUGACUCGGUCAAGCAGGUGCUCGCCAAAGAGAUGGGUUCCUUCCAAGAGGCGACUGAAAAUACUGAGGCAGCAGUGUGUUCAGAGAAAGUAUUGAAAAUUGCACUGAUCGCCAUGCAACUGUGCACAUUAUCUGAAAAUUGAUUAUUUUUGCAAUUUUUUUGGUCUUGCUUACUUCGUACCGGCACGGAUUGAAUCAAAGAAGCCUUACGUUGUGGAAACGGGCCAUUCAGGCCAUCGAGUCCACAUCGACCCUCUGAAGAGCAUCCCAAGCAGACCCAGCCCCCUCCCCUAACCCUGAGACCCCGCAUUUCCUAUGAAGAAUCCACUUAACCAGCACAGUCCUGAACCCUAUGGACAAUUUAGCAUGGCCAAUCCACCGAACCUGCACGUCUUUGGACUGUGGGAGGGAACUGGAGCACCCAGAGGAAAUCCAUGCAGAGAUUGCGAGAAUGUGCUGUGCAAACUUUGUGUUCCUUUUACUGGCUGUAACAAUUUCUGUUUUUAUAUAAAAGACGUGGGUGUUUUCUGAGUGUGGAUCCCAAUUAAGUCAUAAAGCAGAAAGUUUUGUGAGCUUAAAAUAAGGAAUUCUGACACACUUCCCCUGAACAUAAGAUCACCCACUUGAUUGAUCAAUCCUAUUGUAGAUAGAUUUGUACAAAGGUAAAUGUAAUGCACUUCUCCCCUCUUCCAUGAAGCAAGUGUGGUGCAUUGAGUGAAAGUUGACAUGAAGAUAUUGUACAGCACUGGGUUCCCAGCAUGCUUUGCGGUUAAUUGUCGUCAGUUUUCGAGGAGAUUGCUGCUCAGUUGAACCUAAAGGUGAAGCAGGUUGGGGUAGCCCCUUUGUCUCACGGGAUCUCGUGCUUUCAAGACGUUUCUUUAUGGCUUACGGCUAAUUCGUGGCUUGGCUCCCUGACAGUUGAACUGCCUUUGGGUGAUUUUUAAAGUUAGCAACAAACAGUACCUUCACCACAUGACUUCUGAUAAGUUCAGUAAGUUCCUCUUGCAGAUCAGGAGAUGCGUUGUGUUGGUGCCAACAUCCUGUGUUGUGGUUUGCACUUCUAGUGUUUGAGACACUCAGUUUCUGAGCUUUUGAAAGACCCAUUCAGUCCAUUGUUAGCACCCCACCAAGGAAAGGACAUGGAUCAAUGACAGUGUGGCAUAUUCCUAUCUUUUUUCCCCUUUUGAGACAGGGGAGUGGCUUCAAUCUACAGUGACCUUUGAACGACCAUCUUUUAAGCUAAAAUGUAAAUUUAUUCUACAUACUGGCGUAUGUACAGGAAGAAAUUAAUUAUGAUUUUAACAUUAUAAAUAUUGUAGAUACUAGUCUUUUCUAUCACUUUUGGUUUGUAUAGUUUGUGUGUUAACAAUUUUGACUCUCCCUUUGAGAAAACAUUGCAUUGUGUCAUAGUGAUCUCUUAAACACAAACCUUACAUUUACCAUACUCAAUGCUGACCUGUCAAUAUAAUUCAAACAAUUGUGAAAUGUUACUUCCACAAUCAGAUCUGUCCUGCCAAGUACCAGAUACUAAUGUCACAGAGGAGACUUUUUUACAAUAUUGUGUUGCGUUUAUAAUGCUGUCAAUAUUCUAC